AUGCAGUUGAUUACUGCCCUCGCCAUUGCACCUAUCCUCGCCACUGCGUCGUUCUUGUCUUCUGGUAAAAGCAUCAAGAACAGCAAGCGAGCAGAUACCUGGGGUGGAAGUGUCUCCCUAGGCCCGACCCAAUCGACCAUUGUUCACGCCGUAACGACCAUUAUUCCCGGAGAUGCGCCAUCGUCUCAGAAUGGUGAACUCUUUCUCUGGCCCGGGAUGAGCAACGGCACGGGCGACUUGAUUCAGACGACCUUGGAGAGCUGGUCUGAUAAUUCCUGGUGCGGAGCAACGACUGGUCAGUGGUGUGUUCGCGCCAGUGUCUUUGGCAGCUUUGGGCAGCUGGAUGGGACCCCCAGCCCGGUUAGUGGUUCGGAAAAGGUCAAGAUCGAGUACAUAUUAGAGGAUGACAAUGAGACAUGGACCCAACUGGUUACAAACGCGGACACUGGUGUUCAGCUUUCCAACUACUCACUUGCAUCGGGCCCAUAUAUGACAGGAUACGGUACUGGAACCGAGUGCGACGAUUCGUGUACGGGAACCAUCGCUGCUCAACAGUACGUUGAUACUACUAUCACUCUUGCCGACGCGGACACUACAUUUGGCGGCACCAUUGCGACUGCUGUCGGUGCCAGCUACACUGGUUUAAGCUCAAGCCAGGACGGAAAAAUCUGGACUAUCGAUACUAUAAACAUUCCGGCUAUGUAA